AUGAAGCGCUGGUUAACACAGAUUAGAGACAACAAACAGAAGCCAACUGAUCAUGCAGCAGCAGACUCAGAGAACAGCGGGGGUCCGCCUUCCACAUCUGAGGCGGGAGGAGGAGCCCAUAAACUGCUGCGCAAGGCGCAGCUGAAUCAGCCUUCGCCUGAAUUUCGCAGGUAUCGAGAGGAAUAUAUCCAGUAUGGAUUUACGUGCACUGUUAUAAAAGAAAUACAAUACCCCCAAUGUGUAUUGUGCACUGAGUUGCUUGCAAAUGAGAGCUUUAAGCCUGCAAAAAUGCUCCGACAUUUGAAGACUAAGCACUCCUCAUUUGCAGCUAAACCAGCAGACUUCUUCCGUCGAAAAGAGAGAGCAUUUCAAAGCCAAAAGAAAGUUAUGACCAACCAGAAAACAAUCUCUGCAAAAGCUCAAAAGGCAUCAUAUGAGGUGGCAUAUUUAAUUGCACAGGCAAAAAAACCGCACACAAUCGGAGAGAUCCUAAUAAAACCUGCUGCCAUCGCAAUGAGCCAAAUAAUGCAUGGGGAUAAACAAGCCCAGGAGCUGAAAGCGGUCCCGCUGUCUGAUGGGACAAUAUCCCGGCGCAUCACAGAGAUGGCGCAGGACAUCAAGUGUCAGUUGAUUGACAGAGUCAAGAGAGGAAAAUGUGCUUUGCAGUUAGAUGAAUCCAUAGAUGUCGCAAACUCUGCACAGCUGCUCAUUUUUGUCAGAUACAGUUUUGAUGGAAAACUUCACGAGGACAUGCUGUUUUGCGCCACACUGUCAGCAAAGUGCACAGGUGAGGACAUUUUCACAGAAAUUGAUCAAAAACUGAAAGAGGAGGGGCUGUCUUGGGAUGAAUGCAUCAGUGUGUGCACAGAUGGUGCUGCAGCAAUGCUGGGGAAAAAUAAAGGACUUAAAGCAAGAGUUGUACAAGUGGCCCCACACAUAAACUUUACGCACUGCAUUAUCCACAGAGAAGUUCUGGCGAGUAAAUCGCUAGACCCAGAGCUUAAAACGGUGCUUGAGAGUGCAACAAAAAUUGUCAACCACAUAAAAUCCCGUCCUCUGAACACAAGACUGUUUGCUGCUCUCUGCAACGAAAUGGGAUCAGAGCAUCAAAGUCUGCUUUUCCACACAGAAGUCAGGUGGCUGUCACGGGGAAACGUUCUCAGGCGCUUGUUUGAGCUGCGGGAUGAGGUGCGCCUAUUUUUGUUGGAGCACGGAUCUCACCUUGCUGCCCAUCUGACUGAUCCUGACUGGUUAACAAGGCUAGCAUACUUGGCUUGCAUAUUUGACAAGCUGAAUGGGUUAAACACAUCACUACAAGUUGAAAACGCAAACAUCAUGUCACUGAAUGACAAAAUUAAUGCAUUCAAAAGGAAACUGGAUCGGUGGUCUGCACGAGUAAAAACGGGCUGUUUUGACAUGUUUCCUGAACUGGUGGAGUUCAUGGAGGAAAAUGAUUUGUGUGUUAACACCGUUAAGGGGUAUAUCACCAUGCACCUUCAAACCCUCUUGGAUCACUUUAUCAAGUUUUUUCCUGAGGAAACAGCUCCAGAAAAAUAUGACUGGAUAAGAUCCCCAUUCACCGUAACAAGCACACAUCAUUUGUCAUCCGACAUUGAGGACGCACUGGUUGAACUGUCAAGUGACCGCACCUUAAAGAGUGCUUUUAACUCAAAGAUGCUUGCUGAGUUCUGGAUUUCAGUUGAGAGAGAAUAUCCACAGCUUUCUAAGGCUGCGAUUGACAUUCUGAUGCCGUUUGGCUCCACAUACCUGUGCGAAAAGACUUUGUCAACCCUCACAUAUAUUAAAAAUAAAUACAGAUCACGUCUUAACGUGCAGGAUGAUCUUCGAGUGGCCAUCUCUAAAAUUAAACCCAGAAUGGAUUUACUCGGCUCCAAGCAUAUUGCCCACCCAUCUCAUACAUUCUGAAAAUGUGAAUAAGCACGGAAACAAAGUUCCUCUGUAUUACAUUGUUUGUGACUUUGCAUGAGUUUUUUUUUUUUUUUGCUACAUUGAAAUGAAAGCACUUUUCCGUUACCAUUUUUUUAAGAUUUCAUCAAGAAUUGCAUUUGUUACAAACAUUUGUAACCCGUUUAGGAGUGUUGUUUUAAUAUGUUCUGAAAAUGUUUACUCAAGGGAGGCAGAGAUGCAUGUCCAUUUGUUGCCAUGGCAAUGCUGUGUAUGUGUGAGCGUGUGCAGGGAGGGGGACGGGAGAGAGUAAAAUUAGGGAGAAAGUGUGGAGAUUGUUGUGGCACUGAGUUGCUGUCACUUUAGAAGCUGAAAAUUAACCAAAAUGCUAACUGACUGCCUUAUUCUUAUCAAAACUGCCAAGGAUUGUUACAUGUUAAAGUUUGCACACAACAGCAAGAAUGUUUUCAGAGUCGCCUUUUACAGUUUUCAAAUGUAAAUUCGUGCCAUAUUUACCUGCUGAGGGUUCUAAACCUGUCUAUUUGAGUACACUUAUUAAAGAUUAAGUUCCACGUGUGUGUUUAAUUAUUUCACUCAUCUCCAGGGGGUCGCGAGACUUUGAAACUGUUAAUUUAUGGGUCACGGACUGAAAAGUUUUGGGAACCCCUGCACUAAUGCAUGCUAAUGCAUGCACUGAUCGUGGUGUCCGGGUCAGAGAUGAUACUCAGAUGUUCUAAUGGGAAUCUUUUUUUAUUGAUUUUGUUCCAUGAUGUUCUCUUUGUGUAACGUUUAAAAUGUCUGCACUAGGGGUUGUACGAACUAGUCGACUAGUCGACUAGUCGACUUCAAGGCUCUGUAGUGACUUUUUAUGCCUGUCAUCAACUAGUCGCUGUCACGUGAUAAUAACUGACAAGAUGCAGUCCUCGGAAAAGACAGCAGGUGAUGAGCCCCUGCGCGUCUGGAUCGAGGCGGAGGCAACGCGCUGUGCGGUACUGACACCGGCGGUAAAACGGACAUUUAACCAAACUGUGACCUUUUCCCUCUUGCAAUUUAACCUUCCCCUCACCCCCAUCCUAAUCUUAACCAGUUUGUGCAUGCAAAGCUCUGAUCGUUGACGUGCGCUCCAGACAUUGCGUCCUGCACCGCCAAAUCAGGUGUCACCACCUCAAAAACAAAUUAAACACGCGAUCGUUCAUGUCGGCUCAUUUCCUUUCAUGUUUUCUGUCUGUUAUUUGUGCCUGAUGCGUUUCGCUGCUGCGGAGCGAGGCUCUUCACCUGUUUUGUUCUUCGGUGACGCACCCCCAAGAUUCCAUCUCCACUCCGCUCCGCUCCAGCAUGAACUCUGCAGCAAAAACGGUCCCGUUGUAGUCGGCCGGCGAGCAGCGGCACUCCGCUGUUUUAGCGGUCGGUAGAUCUUUCAGAACUGCAGUUCAAAGGUAACUCAUAAGGUGAAUAUAUAUGAACCCAGGUAGCAGUUUCUCUUUAGGACUGAGAGGAGAUGCAGGAAGAUAAUAAACAGACAGGACAGAAAAAUAGUCAAAUAAAAACAAGUUCGUUUUUGUACCUGGUGGUUGCAACAAACAGACACCACUGAAGGUAAUCAGAAGUGAGGAACAGAAAAUGAAAUAAUUAUUUUAAUGUUUAGAGCAGCAGGAAAGGCUGCAGGCUCAUCAGUGAGUUUGCGGCUGCUGCGCAGGGGGAGGGGGAGAGGACUGAAGUAGGAUGCAGAAACUACCGUUAUUAAAAAGAUGUGUUAACUUAGAAAAUGUGGGCGCAAUUGUAAUUGUCAAAAACUCCAGCGAACCUACCGACCGACCCCCCCCCCCCCCCCGCUUCCGGCGUAUGACGUCAUCAACGACUAGUCGAAGUCGACUCGACUUUCAUUACUUGACUGUCGACUUUAAAAAAAAUAAAGUCGU